GGAUGGGUGGCCUUAGUGGAUUGAAGAUCUCUGUGAAAGUUCUGUCCCUUACUUUUCAAGCUGGAAUCGUUGAGCCAUUCUAUGGUACAAUUUGCUUAUACAAUAGGUAGAGAAGAGAAAAAUUGUCAAGAAGAUUUCUAUUUUAGCGUUCUACCAACUGAAAUGCAGGAUACUGGUAAAGUAUCUUUGGAACCUCGUGGACUUUUCUAUUUAGAUGCUCCGUCUGCAUCUGUGUGUCUACUAAUCCAAUUAGAGAAGCCUGCAACAGAAGAAGGGGGAGUGACUUCUUCUGUUUAUUCACGUAAAGAACCUGUUCUGGCUGAAAAAGAGUCUGAAGAUGGUGUAUUUCGAAUGCUUCACAGUGAUGUAACCUGGUUUUUUACCACCAUUCUUAUUGGCACUACGGUGGUCAAUAUUGGAACAACUGCUUUAGUUACAGACACAGCAACAGCAAUAUUUGGAGAAGCUGGUGUUAGUACAACAACUGGAAUAGUGACUAUGUAUAUAAGAAUUCUAUCCUCUUUAUGUGCCCCACAAACCCAACCUCCUUGCCUACCUCUAUUCGUGCUUGUUGCUAUUUUGCUUCUUACUGAGAUCACUCCAAAAUGUAUAGCUGCUCACAAUCCCACAGAGGUGGCUAGAUUUGUUGUCAGGCCAGUGGCAUGGGUUUCUUUGAUACUACAUCUACUGGGAAGAAUUGUUACUUAUUUAUCAAUGGGAAUAAGGAAAUCAUAUCCUCCAUUUUGUCUGUUGCAUUUCUUUGAACCUUAUGUUAUUGAAGAUGAAUUAAAGCUGAUGCUACGUGGGGCAGAGUUGAGUGGAGCAAUAGAGGAGGAAGAGCAGAAUAUGAUUGAAACCGUAUUAGAGAUAAAGGAUACUCAUGUCAGAGAGGCCAUGACACCCCUUGUUGAUGUGGUUGCAAUUGAUGCGAGUGCAACUCUUGUUGAUUUUCACCAUCUGUGGGUGACUCACCAAUAUUCAAGGGUACCUGUUUUUGAGCAGCGUGUUGACGAUAUAGUUGGCAUUGCAUAUGCAAUGGAUCUACUUGAUUUUGUUUGGAAGGGUGAGCAACUUGAAAGUUCUACUAUGGGAGAAAUGGCUCACAAACCGGCCUACUUUGUGCCUGAUUCAAUGUCAGUCUGGAAUCUUCUUAGAGAGUUCGGAAUCAGGAAGGUUCACAUGGCUGUUCUUAAUGAAUAUGGUGGAACUGUUGGGAUCUAUGCAAAGCCUCUUAUUGAAACUUUACCUAAACAGAAUCAUCCAUUGAGGAGAUCCAGAAGAAAAUUGGCUAAUAUUGUAAUGAGAGCAGAGGGAGUAUAUGAUGUUGAUGCCAAUACAUCUAUUUAUUUGCCAUCUGAGGACUUGAAUAUCAAAAUGCCAGAGGUAUUAGCUGCAAAUGCCUGAAGGGUUGGUGCUGUUUGUUUUGAGCAGAUAAACAAUGGGGAAGCAAUGUCAGAGACCAAAGAAGUAACUCAAUUGAUUCCCAAAAUCAUGAGGAAAGGGAACGGUGACAAAUUGGAUAACAUUAUCUAUGUUGAGAAUGCAUUUCAAAAUUAAAAUCAGAACUUAUUU